UUCCCCUCGGCCACCGCCCCGCCCGGAACCCAAACACCGGCUCCUGCUGCGCGGCCGCGCGUGAUCGCCUGCGCCGCCGGCCCCCAGUCCCAGGCCCCGGCCAGGCCCGCCGAGCGAUGCUGCUGCUCGUGGCCACCUGCGUCGUGGCGUUCGUGCUGCUGCUGUACAUGCUGUCCCCGCUCAUCAGCCCCAAGCCCCUCGCGCUGCCCGGGGCGCAUGUGGUGGUCACUGGAGGCUCCAGCGGCAUUGGAAAGUGUAUCGCCAUCGAGUGCUACAAACAGGGAGCGUUCAUAACUCUGGUUGCCCGCAACGAGGACAGGCUGCUGCGGGCAAAGAAAGAAAUUGAAAAGCACUCUAUUAAUGAUAAACAGGUGGUGCUCUGUAUAUCAGUCGACGUUUCCCAAGACUACAGCCAAGUAGAAAAUGUCAUAAAGCAAGCACAGGAGAAACUGGGCCCGGUGGACAUGCUGGUGAACUGCGCCGGAAUGUCACUUGCAGGGAAAUUUGAAGAUCUUGAAGUUGGGACUUUUGAAAAACUAAUGAGCGUGAACUACCUGGGCAGCGUGUACGCCAGCCGAGCCGUCAUCACCACCAUGAAGGAGCGCCGGGUGGGCAGGAUCGUCUUUCUGUCCUCCCAGGCGGGACAGGUGGGACUUUUUGGCUUCACUGCCUACUCUCCAUCCAAGUUUGCCAUCAAGGGCUUGGCAGAAGCGCUGCAGAUGGAGGUGAAGCCCUACAAUGUCUACGUCACUGUCGCCUACCCGCCCGACACAGACACACCUGGGUUUGCAGAAGAAAACAAGACAAAGCCUUUGGAAACCCGCCUUAUUUCCGAGACCACGUCUAUUUGCCCACCAGAGCAAGUGGCCAAGCAGAUCGUCAAAGACGCUGUGCAAGGGAACUUUAAUAGCUCCAUUGGCUCAGACGGGUACAUGCUCUCAUCCCUCACCUGCGGAAUGGCUCCUGUCACUUCGAUCACCGAAGGGCUCCAGCAGGUGGUCACCAUGGGCCUUUUCCGCAUGCUGUCUUUGUUCUACCUGGGAAGUUUCGACAACAUAAUUCGUCGCUGCAUGAUAGAAAGAGCAAAAUAUGAAACCGCAGACAAAACUGCCUAACCCUCGGGAAGAAGGAGUGUUUCUAAAUCACGUGAGCAGCUUGCUGCUGCACGGGACCCAGUCUUUGGACCACAGACGCUUGUGUGUUGAUUUUGAAUAUGUCAGAUGGGACCAGCGGUCUCGGCAACCUGGCUGCACGCGAGGGGAUAGAAGUUCAAGUGCAGAGAAUGUUAUGAAUACUAUGCAAACAUGGACUAGGAGACCAUCUGGUUCUCUGGGAGGGGAAGUGAUGACGGUAGGAGGACUAAUAGGUAUGAGCAGGUCAGGAACGGGACUCCAGAGUGAUCCUUCACCUUUUUUCUAGUUGUUCUUUUCCCCGCUUAGAGGUCAAGCCCAGGGAUGGACUUGGACAUGUAAGACAUUGUGAGGACUUUUGAAACCUGCCAUGUAAGACGGUCUAUGGGUUUCUGGAGCCUUGUUUUUCCCCUCUUUAAUUUCACGUAUUUUAUUCAAGAUGAGUUUUUCAUGUUGCGGGUGACCCGAAUACCUAAUCAUGUCUCUGGUGCCCUGUGCGGCUUACUGGCGGAUGACUGUGGAUUCUCUUGCUCUUGGAGUUUCCAGAAAAUUCUGAGAGGAUGAGAGGUCGGUGCAGAGAAGGGAAAGGGGGUAAGGUGUUUCCCGGUGGGACAAACCAAGCUUUCUUGUCUUCUUUAAAUUCCAGUUACUAGGGCGCUUCUCAUUUUUCAUUACGGGGGGAAAAGCAGCCUCCUAAAAUGUUUUUUUUUUUUGAAGAGAAAUAAAAUCUUAGAAGCUUAAACGUUUACAGUUUCUUCACUAGCCGUGAUGAGCUGAGGUUUCAUUCCAUUAUAUCAAUAGUUUAUUAUCUCUUCCUUUCCAAGUUUGCUGAUACUAUUAUAACAUUUUUUGUUUAAAAAAAAAGACCAGUUAAAAAUUUUUCACUUGACUUUUUCAAUUCAUUGAUGAAUUGAUGAAAACAAACAAACAAACAAUUUAAGACGUGAGACAUUCUCCUCCCAGUGUAUAUGUAACUCUUAGGAAAGGCUGCUGAUGGCAUAUUUAAAUUUCACUCAUUAAGAGAAACAAGUUGGACAACAAGGCCGAUUUGGCAGAUAGUUGUUUUUGGAAUGAAACGACCACCGCGUUCUUUCUGUGAGUGAUUCUCCCACGGGCCUGGCCGGUUCUAGAGUGUGAAAGAAGCGCCAUCAUCCCCCUCACAGCCCAGCUCUGGAACCCCGCGGCCCCGAGGGUGCUGUUUCUGGACGAUGAGCUCUGUUGCCCACGUGUGGGUCCCCACAGUAAGUGCCUGUGAUGAGUCCCAGCCAGCAAACCCGCUUCGUCCUGCCCCCGUGCACGGCCGUCAUGCUAGCGCCACGCCCCUCCUCACACGGUCAGAACACGUGUUUGGCAGCACCUUCCGGCCCACUCGGGCGAGACAGGCCACUGCUUCUGAAGAGGAAAGUUUUCAUAGUUAAAAAAAAAACUUUACAGAAGAUUGAAGACCUAAAAAUGAGAGCAAAGACUUUCUUUCCUCUUGAGUUUGUAAUCCUCUUCAUGUUAAAAUGACUUAAUUUUUGAAAAGUAAGACGUUUAAUGGCUUUAAUCCGUGGGGUCUUAUUGAUCAAAAGCUGAGAAUGGCCUGUUUAAGCCCUGUCCAUGGCAGGAGCGGUUACCAUUUGAUGUGUCUGUCGCUUGGGGUGAUCUCAGUGCGGUUGUGGGGGUGGGUCGAUGGCCCCCCUCACGUUGGGAGUCUCAACCUUUGGUCUCCAUCACCUGCAGACUCUGCGCAGUGUCGGAAAUGUAGUAAGAGCUGUACUUUCCUAAUUCACAGAAAACAGUUACAUUCCUCUCUGGAUCUUUCUCAAUUUUGUUCUUUUCUCAUGAAUGUUCCUUGAACGUUGGCACCUUCUGCUGCUCUGUGUGGAAAUCUGGUCCAAGAUGGUGUCUCAUGUAAUAAACGCACCUAAUUAACAGCAGUUAUUUCAAUAGUCAUUUCUCAGGGUGUCCUCCUACACAGGACUGUGACCACAGGUGGUCUGCUGCCCGGACGAGUGUAGGACCCUGAUCCAUGGUGGGAGGUGAUGUCCCCAGCCCAGCUGAAGCUCAGGCGUUCACGUGGAGACACGCUGUCAGGAAAGGGGCUUGUCACAGACAUCGCAGGGCCACGGCGCUUUACCCAAACAGCUGUGAAAAUCGAGGUGCUAUUUUUUCCUUUCUAAGUUUGGUGCUGUGAUACAUUUGAUAGCGAAAUGUGACCUGAGCUGACGUCAGAUCACUGCAGUUUUUGUUCCUGCUCCUGCCUGGACUGUGUGUCCGUUCCGCCUGAAGACCUGCCAGUGGGUUUGACCACAGGGGUGCCCCCCACCCCGAUCCUGCGGAAAUGUUCCCCACUCUCCCACCUGUGCCCCAUGUUACCUGUUCGAGACGCAGAUGUGAAUUCUGAAACACAUCUGGCCAGAAGCUGUUUGGGGAAAGGGGCUGUAGGCAUGUAAGCAGCAUCACACAGCGAUCCGACUUCACAAAAACAUGAGCAUAUCACAAGGCAAAUGCUAUGCAUAUUUUUGGCUUUGUUCCUUUGUACUUUUUUUUUAACACUGACUUUUUUUCCUAGGGGAAGGGAAAAAAAGCCCUGAGUCAGAUUGUCAGGGAAACUAUUGGCUUUUUUCUUUUAAAGGACCACAUGGAUUCAGCGCUUGCUGUUGUACGGAGAAGCGGAUGGGUCCUCCCUGUGGCAGGAGGAGUUUGAUUAUGAUUCUGGUGAGAUGCAGGUUCUGCGUGACCAGCAGUGGCUCACUGCGUGAGCUCCCGUUGUGAAGUGCCACUCUGCUGGCUGGGUGGUUCUGUUUCAUUAUAUUAUGUUCGCGAGGACAUUUAUUUUAAAACGUUUAACGUCAUUUGGCCUUAGAAAUUCCAAAAUGUGUAGGACCCUUCAUAAUUGAAAAAAGGGUAUUUAAAAAAUACUCAUUUCUUUUCAUAGAAACGAAGUCAAAGGAAUUGUUCUUUUCUAUAUUUUUUAAGUUUUCAUAGCUGAAAAGAGAAGACAUUAACAAUGGAUAGCCUCUUUACAUUAAUAACGUGCUGAGUUAAAAGUCUUUGUUCUGUUGCUAAAUGCUAUAUUGAAGUGAAGUUUUGUGAGACUGUUUCCAACAUGUAGAUGACAAAAGCAUUUUGGUAAUAGUUGCUUUGAUUCAAAUAAUUAUAGGGAUUCGUCUUUCUAGGAGAAAACAGUACUGUAAUAUUUUUUUUUACUGAACUAUAUCAUCAACAGAUUUAAUUUUAUUACAUCAUAUUCUAAUUUAAACUUGUCUUCUUUGAGGGCACUUAUUUAUACUUUUUGACUAAAGAUGCUUUGUAGCUUUCUUACAUCUUUUAGUUUCUGGUAACUCACCUUUAAAAGGUACCUGCUCAUCAUUAUCUUCUAUCUUCUGGACUGAAUCUCGUUUAGUGCUGUGAUAUCGUAUUUGGUAUUGUGCAAAGGAGAUACUAUUAUAUUUUACAUUUGCUCGAUGUCACAACUCUAUAAAGACUUUUUCAAGCCCAUAAGGGUGCACUUGGCUAUUUUGAUAUCUGAGAACUUGCGUUUGCUACUUUGGAAGCUUUUGUGGCAUAAUUGUAACCUAGUUUUCAUACCUUGUAUUUCUGAAUCACAGCAAAAAAUAAAUGGGGAAUAAGUUUUGCAAAUUUGAAAACUUACUUUUGUAGAAAUUAGUGUUUUUAAAGAGACACUUAAGCAAAACACAAGCAAACCUCUCCCAUCAGCUUUCCUAGCCUUCUGUCCUGACAGGGCUUGCCUUUCAUCAUUUUUUCAAUUAAGUACUUGGUAUGAUGAGCUCUGCUUCAAAUAUAUUAUGUGUUUGUGUGACUCUGGUGUGGGAUAUAUGAGUAAAACUGUAAGAAAUGCGGGAUUUCGUAAAACUUCUUCAGUGACUAUGUUUCCUACACAAAUUGCUUUCCCAUACUUUAAACCUUCACACUCUAAUAAUAAAGUAUCUCCAACACUGGAGGGUAUAAAAUA